AUGGUCGAGAAGCCUGUAAGGAUCGAUGGGGAACUGAGGAUUAGAAGCUCUUCUGAAAAUGAAGAGGUGAAGCAUCUUGCCGAGAUAUAUUACUUCAAUAUUAUUGGUUUAUGGACUUUAGUUAAAGAAGGGAAGGGUUUCAAAGCUCAUGGACAUAGUCAAAUGGAUGAUUCAAAGGAGGAAAAGCCUGAUGUUGUGACAUAUAGCUCUUUGAUGGAUGGAUAUGUCUACUCACCAAACGGAUCAGCUAGGGAAGAGAAAAAGUUCACAUAUAAUUCUCUUAUACGUGGCGUGUGUAAAGCAAAGAGCCCUCAGGCUGCAUAUAAGUUUUUCAAAACCUUGUGUGCUAGUGGCCAUUCUCCAGAUGUGUUUGCUUACUCGAUUUUGAUAGAUGGCUUCUGUAAGCAUAGGUGUCUAGAUGUGGCAUUGUCCCUCUUUCAUGAAAUGCAGAAAAACUCAUUGAAGCUUGAUAUUAUUGUCUAUAAUAUCCUAAUUGAUGGUAUGUUCAAAGCUGGAAAAGUUAAAAAUGCAAAGGAACUGUUUUCUAGACUUUCCAUAGAAGGGUUGCAGCCUGAUGAUUUCACAUUCAGUAUGAUGAUCAAUGGACUUUGUAAAGAAGGAUUACUCGAUGAAGCAUUCAAGGUGUUCAGGAAAAUGGAAGGGAAUGGUUGCUCUCCAAAUAAUUGCUCUUAUAACGUGAUUAUCCAAGGAUGUCUCCGGUGCAAUGACUCGUCCAUGGCAAACCAACUUAUUGAUGAAAUGGUUGGCAAGGGGUUCUCCGCCGAUGCCACCACCUUGGAGUUGGUAAUGAAUUUAGUUUUGAACAGAUGAUCCUCUUUGGCAAAAGUUUGUAAGAGUUGCUAAGCUGCUCUAAACAUUCUCAAGGUGUAAACUUGAAGUGAGAUUUUAGGAUAGAACAACUGUUAUACUGUUGCAGGAGGUUUUUGUCAUAUUUCUAGUUAUGCCACUGCAAUUUGUCUCGAAAACAUGUUGUAUUUUCUGCAAUUCAAUCUUUAAAUGAUGGUUGAAUUCAGUAUUUUCUGCAAUUCAAUAUUUGUAUCAGACUCCUGCA